ACCCCUCCCCGAGGCCCCGCCCCACCCGCGAGACGCACCAGCGGCCCCACCGCUGAGGGGGCGGGGGCCCGGGGACCCGGGACCCGGGCAGCUCGGCCUGACCUCCACCUCGCCGCGCGGGGCGGACCGGCGCAGGCUCGGGCCGCGAGCCCCUCCCUCCACCUCUUCCCGCCCCCAGCGCCCAGCGCGGGCUGCGCUAGGUGGCGUCGGCGGGGCCCCGCAGGCGGCCAUGGCGGCAGGCGCCGGGGCCAAGCCCGCGCCGCGGUGGCUGAGGGCGCUGGGCGAGCCGCUGAGCGCCGCGCAGCUGCGGCGGCUGGAGGAGCACCGCUACAGCGCGGCGGGCGUCUCGCUGCUGGAGCCGCCGCUGCAGCUCUACUGGACCUGGCUGCUCCAGUGGAUCCCGCUCUGGAUGGCCCCCAACUCCAUCACCCUGCUCGGGCUCGCCGUUAACAUGCUCACCACGCUCGUGCUCAUCUCCUACUGCCCCACGGCCACCGAGGAGGCACCAUACUGGGCAUACCUUUUAUGUGCACUGGGACUUUUUAUCUACCAGUCACUGGAUGCUAUUGAUGGAAAACAAGCCAGAAGAACAAAUUCUUGUUCUCCUUUAGGGGAACUCUUUGACCAUGGUUGUGACUCUCUUUCCACAGUAUUUAUGGCAGUGGGAGCUUCAAUUGCUGCUCGCUUAGGAACUCAUCCUGACUGGUUGUUUUUCUGCUCUUUUAUUGGGAUGUUUGUGUUUUAUUGUGCUCAUUGGCAGACUUAUGUUUCAGGCGUGUUGAGAUUUGGAAAAGUGGAUGUAACUGAAAUUCAGAUAGCUUUAGUGAUUGUCUUUGUGUUGUCUGCAUUUGGAGGAGCAACAAUGUGGGACUAUACGAUUCCCAUUCUAGAAAUAAAAUUGAAGAUCCUUCCAGUUCUUGGAGUACUAGGUGGAGUAAUAUUUUCCUGUUCAAAUUAUUUCCAUGUUAUCCUCCAUGGUGGUGUUGGCAAGAAUGGAUCCACUAUAGCAGGCACCAGUGUCUUGUCACCUGGACUCCACAUAGGACUAAUUAUUAUAUUGGCAAUAAUGAUCUAUAAAAAGUCAGCAACUGAUGUGUUUGAAAAACAUCCUUGUCUUUAUACCCUAAUGUUUGGAUGUGUUUUUGCUAAAGUCUCACAAAAAUUAGUGAUAGCUCACAUGACCAAAAGUGAACUGCACCUUCAAGACACUGUCUUUUUGGGGCCAGGUCUUUUGUUUUUAGACCAGUACUUCAAUAAUUUUAUAGACGAAUAUGUUGUUCUGUGGAUAGCAAUGGUCAUUUCUUCAUUUGAUAUGGUGAUAUACUUUAGUGCUUUGUGCCUGCAAAUUUCAAGACACCUUCAUCUAAAUAUAUUCAAGACUGCAUGUCAUCAAGCUCCUGAACAGGUUCAAGUUCUUUCUUCAAAGAGUCAUCAGAAUAACAUGGAUUGAAGAGACUUCCGAACACUUGCUAUCUCUUGCUGCUGCUGUUUCAUGGAAGGAGAUAUUAAACAUUUGUUUAAUUUUUAGUUAAGUAUUAUACCUAUUUCAGCAAAUAAAAUAUUUCAUUGCUUAUAUUAAUCCUUAUUUUUUCAAUUUCAAUAUGAUCACUUACAGUUUCCAUCAUAAUUUUUUUCUGCAACAUAGCCAUUUCUUUUUUAAAUUCAUUUUGUGCACCAGUAAGUAGAUUAUCAUGAUUCUUCUCCAACUCUUCCAUACUCUAAAAACACAAAAGACUAGUUAAGCUACAAAGAACCACUUUUUAUCUCAGGUUCUAAACUUGUCCAAUUAAUUUUCAAAAGUAGUAAUUUAAAAAUAUUCAAAUGCUUAUUACUUAUUUGAAAUAAAAAAUAUUCUAACACAUGAAUACCAAAAUACCUACUAUAAAGGAAAAAAAAAUCAGUCGUGAAUAAAAUAUUAUGAGAAGUACAAUAUAGUAUAUUUUGCCCAAAAUGGGUUUCAUGAACUGUUAAGGUCAAGAUAAAAAAGACUGGAAGUCCCAUAUCAGUAAACACCAUUGCUAUUAAGCUUUCCAAAUAUCAAGUAAUAAUGUACUUAUGACUAAUAGUGUGCCAUUAAUUCACUAGAGGGAAUAAAAUAAACUGUAGUACUACCUCUUUCAAGUUGUAAAAAAUAAAAAUUAUGUUUUACA